UCUAAUGUUGUAAGCACUCUGACCGAAUUACUACCCUUUGGUGGUGGGUACCCAUGUCCUCUUCUUGUCUCAUCAAAAGACCCAAAAGCUUAGAAAAGGUUGAAUUCUUCAGUCUUCACAUCCUCGUCUAGCUGUUUCCCCACCAAGUCCAAGUAUAUGUUUUUUUCCCCCAUCACUCCACACCUUUAUACCUUUACUAAUCCCCUCCCAAACUGUGAAACAACAAUAUUCCUCCACCUAAACCCAAAAAAGAGGGAACCAAGAUGGCGCUGAGCAACAAUGUGAUCGGCGCCAUAAACUUCGUGGCGAUGCUGCUGUCCAUCCCGAUCAUCGGCGCCGGGAUCUGGCUGGCGAUGGAGCCGGACAACUCCUGCGUCAAGCUCCUCCAGUGGCCGCUCAUCAUUUUGGGGAUCCUCGUCCUCGUCGUCGCCUUGGCCGGCUUCGUGGGCGCCUUCUGGAGGAUCCCGGCGCUGCUCAUCUUCUACCUCGUCGCCAUGCUCGUCCUCAUCGUCCUCCUUGCUUCCUUGGUGGUGUUCGUGUUCCUGGUCACCGACAAGGGCGCCGGCCACCCCGCUCCCAGCCGGGCGUACUCCGAGUACCAUCUCGACGACUUCUCCGGCUUCCUCCGGCGGAGGGUUCGCAGCCCCUUCAAGUGGGACGGGAUUAGAGGGUGCCUGAGUUCGACUAACAUGUGUGCAGAGCUUAAUCAGAGCUACCGCAUGGCUCAAGAUUUCUUCAAUGCCCGCAUUACUCCCUUGCAGUCGGGGUGCUGCAAGCCGCCGACGGGAUGCGGGUACACGUUCGUGAACCCGACGUACUGGAUAAGUCCGAUCAACAACGCGGCGGACAUGGAUUGCCUUCAGUGGAACAACGAGCAGACGCAGCUGUGCUACAACUGCGAUUCCUGCAAGGCCGGCCUGCUCGCCAAUCUCAAGUCCGAGUGGAGGAAAGCCGACGUCAUCUUGCUCAUCACUCUCAUAGCCUUGAUCUGCGUCUACGUUGUGGGCUGCUGUGCCUUUAGGAACGCCAAGACCGAAGAUCUCUUCCGCAAGUACAAGCAAGGAUAUACCUGAAUCCUCGCCGUGAUCUGUUGAUUAUAACGCUUUUUAUUUGUGCUCUGUUUUCUGGAUAUGGUCAAUAGUUUGAUUAAUACUGUCAAGAACCAGUUGAUCCCAAUAACUCGAGUUGUUGGGAAAGGUUCAAUCAUAAAUCAUAUAUCACAACACUAACACGCCCCCUCAAACGAAAGCCACUCACAAGGAAAGGUUCAAUCAUAAAUCAUAUACCACAACACUAACACGCCCCCUCAAACGAAAGCCACUCACAAGGGCUUGAAGUUUGCACGUGUCUGAAGACAAGAAUACCAUGUGCUUAACAAAUGGGAGUCACCGGGAAUCGAACACAAAACCUCUCGGUCACAGAAGACUCUGAUACCAUGUCAAGAACCAGUUGAUCCCAAUAACUCGAGUUGUUGGGAAAGGUUCAAUCAUAAAUCAUAUACCACAACACUAACAAAUACCGAUGAUGGUGAAAACAUUUUUAAUUAGUGGAGUUGGGAUUUUUCUCCCCCUUUUUUACUCUGGUUUUGGUUUUUUUUUUUUUUUUUCUCGAAUCUCGAGCAAUGUGAAAUCAGAGAACGAGGAGAGGAGGUCGCCGAAAGUUCUCGUUUUCAUCCCGACAAACAUGGCAUCGAAUUUCAACUUUGCUUCAGGGGUAGUAGGGUACGUACACUUUUCUUGUUCCCUUUCACAGAAGAGGAAAUAAUGAAGGUAAGGGAAAAAAACUGCAUCAGAAGGGAAUAAAGUGGACAGAACGUGUGUCUGUUUCAACUUUCGAGAUUGUGGAAACCGGUUUGGUUGUUGAUCUGGCAAGAUGAGUGACUCGCAGGUCAAAUGGUUGGAUCAGAAUUGAUUCCAAAUUGACUCGGGUUAAUUAAAUUGUCCUUAUACGAAGGAUAAAUAUAAUAAAUAAAAGUAUUUUAGCGUAUUAAAAUGGUUGGUCAUUUGUUAUGCUUGCUUUAUGUUACAAGUUACGAUUGUUCAAAUGAUUUUUUUUUAUAACUUCGAAAGAAGUGUAAGUUAGUAACCCGGUUUGAAGAGAUUCCACCGUGAAGUGAGGUCGGAGUUUGCUUUAAAUCAUGGAACAAAGUAACUAAGCAUAGAGUAAAAUACAUGUGAAUGUUAUUGGAGUGUGGCUGUCUCUAGCCAAAUCAAUCUUGCUAUGCACUUCUUCUCUUUUUUCUCUUCAUUUCAUCCCAAUUGAUAUAUAAAAAGAUACAAAAAAUAUCCAAAAUUUUUCAAUGAAGCCCACAUCCCAAA